AUUAUUUCAGCCGAGAUCGAUAUUGACAGCCCUGGGAAGACCCUGAGUGGGUCGGAGGCGAGGUGGAACGACUGCACAGAACGACUGACUCAGAGUGGCGGCGGAUGGGUGGGGAUAUAUGACGAAUUAACUCUAUAGUGACUCCUUCCGCGGUCACACAAAACGUUCUCGAUAAUGAAGAAAGCAUCAGUUCUUUGUCAGGCCUCAACCCCGGUUUAACCAGACGUUUACCAUGCGUCCCAUUGGGUGCGUGAUUUAUGGAGUGACAAUUCAGAUAACGCCUCUUGGAAAUACGGCAAUGCUGUACAGUCUGCCAAGGACGGAGAACUACUGCCAAAAGAGCCGAUGAUGGCAAGCAUCAAACAGGGCAAGAUCGAGGAUAGCGCCGAUUUUAACUUCCUUCUCUUGUUACGAUCUUUUGAAGCGUUCUCUCCAAAGUUUUCCCCAUCCCCUCUUAUCGUCAUGAAGUUUGCCAGCAUCUUUUUCUCUAUUGUUGUCUUCCUUGUGUCCUUCGCCGCUGCCCUUCCUAGUAGGGAGACCAAUGCUGACCGGCUUGCUCGUGGUCUUCCGCCUUUGCCCCCUACCGUGAGGUCACCGACCAGAGUCGUGCGCAAGUCCAGUCCUUCCGGUGCACCCAGCCAAUGCUCCACGGGCUCUCUCCAAUGCUGUGACUCUGUUGAAUCUUCAACAAGCUCAGUAGUCGCAGCGCUCUUGGGCUUGCUUGGAAUCCAUCUUGGUAGUACCGCUGUUAACGUUGGCAUGACUUGCUCGCCUCUCUCCGUUAUUGGCAUUGGAGGAAACUCCUGCUCACAACAAACCGUCUGCUGUGAAAACAAUAGCUUUAAUGGUCUUAUUGCCGUUGGUUGCACUCCCAUUAACAUCGGCCUGUAAAGUGUAUCGAUGGCCCUUCUGCUUCAGACGUUGCUCUUCUUAAUGAACGUUUCGGACAUUUUCUUUGGCUCUUCAGUCAUUCAUUUAAAUCUCGUUCCUUAUAUAUGUCUCUUACAGUACAUACCCGCUCAGUAUGUCACCAUGUUAUC